CAUGGGUAUUCUGCUGCGAGUUUUCUGCUAACAGAGGACAGACAAAGCGGGGUGACUGUCCACAACCCCCACAAGCUUCAGUUUUUCGGGCAAAGAACAAACAAAAAGGAGAAAAGGCAACUGGGGUAACAGUGAGAGAGGCAAAAGAGGAAAAACAAGCGCAAAAAGGAGAGAGUGAGCAGGUGAAAACAGUCGAUGGAUGCUGUCCGGAUCGAGGGGGCAGCAAGUUCUUCACUGACGAGGAAAAAAAAGAUUUCAAAAUUGAGUCGAAGGAUAGAAACUCGCCGUCAGGCAUGGUGUGUGAGAAGGGGAUCCAGAUCCUUCUCACCACCGUGGGGGCAUUCGCUGCCUUCGGCCUGAUGACGGUGGCCAUAGGGACGGACUACUGGCUGUAUUCCCGUGCCCUUAUCUGCAACAGCACAGCCAAUGUCACCCAGGACGAUCCCCACAACAAGGACAAGAAGGACCCCGGGGCACUCACCCACUCGGGGCUGUGGAGAAUAUGCUGCUUGGAAGGAGUGAAAAGAGGAGUGUGCUCUCAGAUAAAUCAUUUCCCAGAGGAUGCAGACUUUGACCAUGAUGGAGCAGAGUACGUCCUACGGGUUGUAAGAGCUUCCAACAUCUUCCCAAUCCUUAGUGCCAUCCUGCUGCUGAUGGGUGGAGUUUGCAUUGCUGCUAGUCGUUUCUAUAAAAGCAAAAGGAACAUCAUUCUUGGGGCAGGAAUCCUUUUUGUAGCUGCAGGUUUGAGUAAUAUAAUUGGUGUGAUCGUCUACAUCUCGGCUGCACUAGGAGACAUCUCACCGAAGAAAGAUGAAGAUAAGAAAUGGCAGUAUUCCUAUGGUUGGUCCUUCUACUUCGGGGGCUUGUCUUUUAUCAUGGCUGAGAUGGUUGGAGUGCUUGCCGUCAACAUCUACAUUGAGAAGAACAAAGAGCUCCGCUGCCGCUCUCGCACCGACAUCUUUAAAAGCACGACGCACGCCAUGCUUCGCUUGCCCAGCUACCGCUUCCGCCGCCGCUCCCGCUCAUCCUCCCGCUCCACUGACCCGUCCCGCUCCCGAGACCCUUCGCCAGUUGGGGGAGGCGGAGGGAAGAACUUUGGCCUGCCCCCCUCUGCACUGCUCUCCCAAGGCCCCAUUUCCGUUUCCACUCUGCCCAACCCGCACUCUCGUUCGCACACGGCCCUGGCUGGAGGAGACAUCUCUCUCUACACUCUUUCUCGCGACCCCAAACUGGCUGGAUUGCCUCCUAUGUAUGGCACUGUGGACAGGGCCACACUCUACCAGCUCCACAACUGCUUCCCAAAAGAUGGAGGCGGAGGAGGGGGAGUCAUGAUGAGCGGAACGCUGCCUUCACUCAAGUCACAUAACCCUUCCAACACUUCCAACUCCAAUGCACCAAUGGCUAACUCUGUUGCUCCCCCACCAUUCACAUCUUCCACAGUGGACAGGGAGCGAGGGAUGGGGACUCUGGACAGACUGAAGGGAGACAGGGAGAGCAACUCUAACACUCUUAAUAGGAAGACAACCCCUGUGUAGAGGGUGAUGAGAAGAAAAGUGGUGGGAUACUGAAUGAGGGAACAUAGAAAAAUAAUAGGAUAGCAGAUAACUAUCCUCCUUGUUCACUGUUAUUUAGUCAACUCGAUUUCACAGAACGAAAAAAGAAGAGUAAUAACAGAUUGAUAAUAACAACAACAAUGAACUUUCACAAAAUAAACUAUUUUGAUAUUUCAGUGUGAUAGAAAUGAUUUAUUUUAUUAAUGAUCAAAUGCAAUUAACCUUGGGCUACUAUGAAAACCUUUCACAUAAUUUUUGUGCAAUAGUACUGCUAAUUUAACCAGAGCAUCAUUAAUGUAAAUUGUUGUUGUGAUUAUUCUCGGUGUUAUUACGGGCUAGCUGUCUUCGCAAACACUAGUUUGGAAUGAAAUAUUAAAUUUUCAUGGUGUCGUUUUCUUUCCAUUUUAAUUUUUUAGAUCUUUAUGACUUUUACUGUGAAUUCUUCCAUGCAGAGCCACUGAAAGCUGACAGUGAGCUGUGUGUAGCCGUGUUUAAAGAAUGACUGUGCACAAAAUGUUGGAGAAUGAGAGCCUGUUUUAUUUUUUUAACUCCCAUUAUGUAGAGUUUUCCUUUAUCAAAGAAGUCAGAUGUGAAUACUGUAAAUUGUCUUCCAAAUACAAAUGCUAAAAGAAAUGCAAGCAUAACAUGAGCAACUGAGGCAGCCGAAAAACUAUUGUUAAUGUGGGUUUGGGUUUUCUAUGGGCCUCUGUUUGUCUUAUUUCCAUUCUAAUCAGUGUUAGCAGUUAGUACUUGUAGCUUUAUUGUGUUGAAGAUGUUUGUUCUUGGGCAUUAACAGAAACCCCCAUUGGAGGGGAAAAAAUAAGCAAAAUAACAUAUUUGUACAGAUCAGUUUAAGACUGCUUCCUGAGAAGAAAAAAAAUAAUACUUUUUUGUAUAAAAAAGUCCCAAAGUGACACAUGCAAAUAAUCAUUUUCAGUCACAGAAAAAAAAAAAAUAUCUAUGUGGGUUAAAAUGGUUCGAACACAGACUAUAGAGGAAACUUUCUGAAAAAAACUACAUGUACAUUGUAAUUUAUGCAUAUUUAGGGACCAGAGUUCAAGCAUUUGGUUAAAGCAGAAUGAUAGACAUGUGGGUUCAAUCAGACUUUUCCCUCUGAUCUGUCCAUAUUUAAUCAGGUUUUUGUUUUUUCUUUUUCUUCUAAUCGCAUCUUUACUAAAAGUUCCUUAACAGAGACAAACCUCCCCAAAGAAUCUUUUCACUGUGCUUCCCGUGUAACUGCCGACUCCUGAGUGUGAACUGUUGCUGUUGAUGAGAAUGUAAACACAUGUGAGCUCCUCUACCCUCCCACCACUCUGCUAAUCUCUGCUAUUUCCCAGGGACCACAGAUCCGGGUGGAAACCUGGGAUACACCCGCUACAUGAUGAAAUUAAGAAAAUAAAUGAUAACCACAUGCUUCCAGAAUCUAUAUGUUUUUAAUUUGUUUGUUUUCCUUUAAGAAAAAUAAUUUUAAAAGGCUGUCAAAACUGCACACAAACAGCAUUUAUGUGGGCAAUAUGAAUAGUAUGUAGUUGAGAAUAGAUAUAUCCAGACAAAUAAUUAUGGUUUAUCUAAAUGUGUGAUAAACUCAGACACUGUAUUGCACGAGAUUUAUAAAGAAAAAAAUGAUAACA